ACCCAGAUUCUUAGGAGAGAGAAAAUCAGACUGCAAAACACACACACACCCUGGGUAGAGCCGUAGAGAAAGAUAAAUUAAAAUAAAAAGGAAUUUAUUUAUUUAUUUAAUUUAAAAUUGUUUUCAAAUACUUUUACUAGAAGUAUUAUUCUCAAUUUUCAAGCAUAAUCACGAAAAUUUAAUUUCUUUCUUGUAAUUCGAGUUUUUCCUGCAAAAAACUUGAAAUUUAAGCUUCUGGGUGUUCUUAUUCUGGGCUGAUCUACGAGCUCGUUUACUCAAUUUCAGUUGAGCUAGUUGAAUUAGUUGGUGGGUCCUUCAAAUGAGGUGAAGAUUGGGGGAGAAACACAAUCGUAUUUCUUGCUCAACGCAAAUGGCUUCAUCUGUGAAUAUAAUAAUCGGCUCACUUGUAUGGGUGGAAGAUCCUAAGUUAGCGUGGAUAGAUGGAGAAGUUACUCGAAUCAACGGUGAUGAGGUUCAUGUUCGUACUACAAAUGGAAAAACAGUUGUCACUAAGAUUUCUAAGGUGUUUCCGAAGGAUACUGAAGCUCCACCUGCAGGAGUUGAUGACAUGACAAGACUUUCUUAUCUACAUGAACCUGGUGUCUUACAAAACUUGGCUACUAGAUAUGAAUUAAAUGAAAUAUAUACAUAUACUGGCAAUAUCCUUAUAGCUGUGAAUCCCUUUCAAAGACUACCACAUUUGUAUGAUACACACAUGAUGCAACAAUAUAAAGGGGCAAGUCUAGGGGAGUUGAGUCCUCAUGUUUUUGCAAUUGGUGAUGUUGCAUACAGGGCGAUGAUUAAUGAGGGAAGGAGCAAUUCUAUUCUUGUUAGUGGAGAGAGUGGUGCCGGUAAAACAGAAACAACAAAGAUGCUUAUGAGAUAUCUGGCUUACUUGGGUGGUCGAUCUGGGGUGGAGGGAAGAACUGUUGAGCAACAAGUUCUUGAGUCAAACCCAGUACUAGAAGCAUUUGGUAAUGCAAAAACGGUCAGGAACAAUAAUUCCAGUCGAUUUGGUAAAUUUGUUGAAAUCCAGUUUGACAAGAGUGGAAGGAUAUCUGGUGCGGCUAUCAGAACUUAUCUUCUCGAAAGAUCACGCGUCUGCCAGAUUUCAGACCCUGAGAGGAAUUAUCAUUGCUUUUAUCUUCUUUGUUCUGCUCCAACUGAGGAGAUUGAGAAAUACAAGUUGGGGAACCCAAAAUCAUUUCACUACUUAAAUCAAUCAAGUUGUUAUGAGCUGGAAGGAGUAAAUGAUGCUCAUGAGUAUCUAGCACUCAGGAGAGCUAUGGAUAUAGUUGGAAUCAAUGAGGAGGAACAGGAAGCUAUCUUUAGGGUUGUGGCUGCAGUUCUUCAUCUUGGUAAUAUUAAUUUUGUUAAGGGAGAUGAUAUUGAUUCCUCUGCUAUCAAGGAUGAGAAGUCUAGGUUUCACCUCAAUAUGACUGCAGAACUCCUUAGGUGUGAUGCCCAGAGCCUUGAAGAUGCAUUAAUAAAGCGUGUCAUGGUGACACCUGAAGAAGUGAUUACAAGGACUCUUGAUCCUGUUAAUGCUCUGGCUAGCAGGGAUGCAUUGGCUAAGACAAUAUACUCUCGUUUGUUUGAUUGGAUAGUGGAGAAAAUCAACGUUUCAAUUGGACAGGAUCCACAUUCAAAAUCAAUUAUUGGGGUUCUUGAUAUCUAUGGUUUUGAAAGUUUCAAGUUCAACAGUUUUGAGCAAUUUUGCAUCAAUUUUACAAAUGAGAAACUGCAGCAGCAUUUCAACCAGCAUGUCUUCAAGAUGGAGCAAGAAGAAUACUCCAAAGAAGAGAUUGAUUGGAGCUACAUAGAAUUUGUUGAUAACCAGGAUGUUUUGGAUCUAAUUGAGAAGAAACCUGGAGGAAUCAUUUCCCUGCUUGAUGAAGCCUGCAUGUUCCCUAAGUCUACACAUGAAACUUUUGCUCAGAAGUUGUACCAGACCUUUCAGAAAAACAAACGCUUUACAAAACCAAAACUUUCUCGCACAGAUUUUAUUAUAUCUCACUAUGCUGGGGAGGUUACUUACCAAGCUGAUCAGUUUCUAGAUAAAAAUAAAGAUUACGUAGUUGCAGAACAUCAAGUUUUGCUGACUGCCUCAAAAUGUGAUUUCGUUGCUGCACUGUUUCCUCCACUGCCAGAGGAUUCAUCAAAGUCAUCCAAGUUUUCUUCAAUUGGAUCAAGAUUCAAGCUGCAACUUCAAUCUUUGAUGGAGACAUUGAGUGCAACUGAACCUCACUAUAUAAGGUGUGUGAAGCCAAAUAAUGCAUUGAAGCCUGCCAUUUUUGAGAACGUCAACGUUAUCCAACAAUUACGAUGUGGUGGUGUUCUUGAGGCAAUCAGGAUAAGCUGUGCAGGAUAUCCUACUAGAAAGACAUUCUAUGAGUUCCUUUUACGUUUUGGUGUCCUUGCACCAGAAUCACUGGAAGGAAAUUAUGAUGACAAGGUUGCAUGUCAGAUGAUUCUUGAUAAAAGGGGAUUGCAAGGAUACCAGAUAGGCAAGACAAAAGUUUUCUUAAGAGCAGGCCAGAUGGCUGAAUUGGAUGCUAGAAGGGCUGAAGUACUUGGAAAUGCAGCAAGGAAGAUGCAGCGGAGGGUUCGCACUUAUAUUGCUCGCAAGGAUUUUGUGGCUCUUCGGGAUUCUGCUAUUCAAUUGCAGGCUUUAUGUCGGUACAGUAUGGCUUGUAAGCAGUAUGAACAAUUGCGGCGUGAGGCUGCAGCUCUACGAAUUCAGACAAAGUUCCGGCAGCAUGUGGCCAGAAAAGCUUAUUUGGAAUUACGGUUAUCUGCUAUCACCUUGCAGACAGGAUUAAGAACAAUGACUGCCUGCCUAGAAUUUAGAAUGAAGAAACAGACAAAAGCAGCCAUCCAUAUCCAGGCCAAGUGGCGUUGCCACCAUUCUUAUGCUUAUUACAAGAAAUUAUACAAGGCAGCUAUUGCUACACAAUGUGGAUGGAGGUGCAGAGUUGCAAGAAAGGAGCUCAGAAAGCUCAAAAUGGCUGCAAAAGAAACAGGAGCCCUUAAAGAAGCCAAAGACAAGCUUGAAAAGCGUGUAGAGGAACUGACAUGGCGGUUACAACUUGAGAAGCGUUUGCGGACUGACAAUGAGGAGGCAAAAGCCCAAGAGACUAUGAAGCUAAAAGAAGCGUUACAUACCAUGCAGCUACAGCUUGAAGAAGCUAAAGCGAUGGUCAUUAAAGAAAGAGAGGCUGCUAGGAAAGCAAUUGCAGAAGCACCGCCUGUUAUUAAAGAAACUCCUGUUAUUAUUCAGGACACUGAGAAGAUUGAUUCAUUGACUGCUGAACUUGAAACGGUCAAGGCUUUGCUGCAGUCGGAGAAACAGUCAAAGGAAGAGGUGAAGCAAUCUUAUGCAACGAUGCUGACCAGAAAUGAAGAACUAAAUCAGAAGCUAGAGGAGGCAGUGAAAAAAGCAAAUCAGUUCCAAGAAUCAAUGCAGAGGCUUGAAGAAAUGGUCUCAAAUUUAGAAUCUGAAAACCAAGUACUUCGCCAACAAGCAGUGGCCAUAUCUCCAACAGGAAAAGCUUUAGCUGCUCGGCCGAAGACAACAAUUAUACAGAGGACUCCAGAGAAUGGGAAUGUUGUCGAUGGAGAAUUUAGAAGAGUGUCGGCACUUUCUCCGGUACCUUACACACCCGAGAGUGAAGCCAAGCCCCAGAAAUUCCUCAGUGAGAAGCAACAGGAGAACCAUGAUCUUCUCAUAAAGUGUAUAUCGCAAGAUCUGGGGUUCUCUAAAGGCAGGCCUAUUGCUGCAUGUUUGAUAUACAAAUCUCUUCUACAAUGGCGAUCAUUUGAGGUUGAAAGAACAAAUAUAUUUGAUCGCAUCAUUCAAACGAUAUCUGCUGCUAUUGAGACCCAGGAUAACACUGAUGUGCUGUCCUACUGGUUAUCCAAUUCAGCCACAUUGCUAUUGCUGCUUCAACGCACCUUAAAAGCAAGUGGAGCUGCUAGCCUAACUCCACAUCGAAGGAGAGCUUCUUCAGCUUCUUUAUUUGGUAGGGUGUCUCAGGGACUUCGAGCAUCUCCACAAAGUGCUGGGUUCCCAUUUUUCAAUGGUCGGGUUCUUGGUGAAGAAUUGCGUCAGGUUGAGGCAAAGUAUCCUGCUUUGCUUUUCAAACAGCAACUUACUGCUUUCCUUGAGAAGAUAUAUGGAAUGAUCAGAGACAAUUUGAAAAAGGAAAUUUCUCCGCUGCUUGGUUUAUGCAUCCAGGCACCUAGAACUUCCCGCGCAAGCUUAGUAAAAGGGCGUGCUCAGGCCAAUGCAGUCGCUCAACAAGCUCUGAUUGCUCAUUGGCAGAACAUUGUCAAAAGCCUAAAUAAUUAUUUGAACACUAUGAAAGCAAACUUUGUUCCACCGUUCCUCAUCCACAAGGUGUUUACACAGACAUUUUGUUUUAUCAAUGUUCAGCUUUUCAAUAGUCUUCUGCUGCGCCGUGAAUGCUGCUCAUUUAGCAAUGGGGAGUAUGUUAAAGCAGGUCUGGCUGAGCUAGAACAAUGGUGUCAUGAUGCAACAGAGGAGUAUGCAGGUUCUGCCUGGGAAGAACUUAAGCACAUAAAACAAGCCGUUGGAUUUUUGGUUAUACACCAAAAGCCUAAAAAAAGCUUGAAGGAAAUAACAAAUGAUUUGUGUCCAGCACUUAGCAUACAACAGCUGUACCGCAUCAGUACAAUGUACUGGGAUGACAAAUAUGGAACACACAGUGUAUCUGCUGAGGUUAUUUCGAAUAUGAGAGUCAUGAUGACAGAAGACUCCAACAAUGCUGUGAGCAGCUCAUUCCUUCUAGAUGAUGACUCAAGCAUCCCAUUCUCGGUGGAUGAAAUUUCCAAGUCUAUGGAACAAGUGGAGUUGGCCGAUGUUGACCCUCCACCUCUACUUCGUGAAAAUUCAGGCUUUGCAUUUCUAUUGCAACGAUCAGAUUGAUAUUUCUUGAUCACACCUCUUGUUGCCUUAUUCUUGCUCCGCGGGAAGCAUUCACAUGUACAUCGCUGCUGUGAAGCUUCUAUGUAUAUUCCUGUAAAUUCUAGUCCAGACACUCGUUUAUUUUGUCUGGGCUGUUUUUUUUCCUCAUCGGUCAAAAUGAUGGCUGCCUGUUUCUUUUCCAUCUUAAUUUUUUGUCAUUAAUAUAUUUUUUGAGGGGGGUAUGUUUUCGUGUGGACAAUGAUAGGAGGCCACAAAAUUAUCUUUAUAUUUUUACCCGGAGUGGUAUUUAUUUAGGGAUGUAAUGUGCAUCAACCAUGCACAAAGCUACAUUAUGUGCAUUGUCUGGCCAUGAGAGCAUUGUCAAUCAUGUCAUAAUGUAGCAUCCCUUUUCUUUUGUGGUGGCUCCUCAUUGAUGUACAUUAUGUGUUAUUGUGUUUGGUGUAAUGGUGAUGUAAAAAAUAGAAUUUAGUUUGAUGGAAAUGAAACAAUCUAUAAUUUUUUUUUGUUUUUAUUAACAAUGUACCAUACCUUUUCAACUUCUUAAACAUAAUAGUCAAUUUGUUGCA